UCCCCAUGAUCUCACUCCGCACUAGCGGGAAGUCUGCAGCCGGUCCGGCUCCUUCACUUAUUCUCAUCUUUCUGUUGUUACGGAGGAGCGGAGGAGACCGGGGAAAGCGAAGCCAUGGCGUCCGAAACGCUGGAGCUGAACGGAGCCGCGGAUAAGAGCAUCGGGGCGGAGGUUUCUCGGCGUCCGAGUUCGAGGAGGGCGCUGUCGCAGCCUCUCAAUAUGAACCACUACGCCAAUAAGAAGAGUGCGGCGGAGAGCAUGCUGGACGUAGCGCUGCUAAUGGCUAACGCCUCUCAGCUAAAGGCCGUGCUGGAGCAGGGCCCGUCCUUCAGCUUCUACACAGGACUCAUCACCCUCAUCAGCAUCUCCCUCAUCCUGCAGGUCAUCGUCGGAGUCCUGCUCAUCUUCAUCGUGAAGUGGAAUCUGAAUGAUGAGAGUAAACACUAUCAGCUGAACCUGCUGGAGAACAUCAGCACCGCCCUCGUCUUCAUCAUCGUCGUCGUCAACGUCUUCAUCACCGCAUUCGGGGUACAGAAACCCGCCGGCUCACCAUGAACAGAACAGCGUGUACCCCAGAACCUUCCAAUCAUGAACAACCAAAACCACCGAGCUGAAUAUCUGAGCGUUUGUCUCCAGAAGACCCAGAGCUACCUGAUAACGCCGGGGGUGAAGUUCUCAGAUGGACAUGGUGGACAGUGUGUGUGUGUGUGUGUGUGUGAGAGUGUGUGUGUGUGAGGACAAUAUUUACAUUUAAAUAUCUUUUUACAUUAUGCAAUUGAAGACCAGUCCUCUCUUAAUUGAGAACUUUAGUCUUUUUUCUCAACUUUAUUUAGAACCUCUUUCACCACUGCCAGUGUUUCAGCUCUGACCACAUGCACACAUCAGUCUGUUUCAGUUUACCGUAUUUUUCGGACUAUAAGGCGCACUAUAAAUGAACGUCUACUUUCUGGUCUAUUUUCAUACAUAAGGUGCACCAGAUUAUAACACUCAUUAUGCGACACUAGUAAGGAACAGGGGUGUUGCCAUGUUUUCCUUCUAAUUCAGCAGGUCUUGCCGCUGGGUGGCGAGACCUGUUAAGCUAAGCUAAGUAAACAAAACUGUAGUUCAUAAAAAAACAUUUUCUUUUAGAGUAAAAUGAGUGCUGGAUGUUAAUCUACACAGAUUUAUCUCCUUAAAACUGUUUAUUUGAUUACCGUUUAUUUAUAGUAAGCUUAGAUUUACAGAUUUCCACUAACGCCGCCCGACAUACUCACCACUGAAUGGUAAAAGAGCUAGCAUUUAGCACAGUUAGCGGCUAAUGCUAAAGCUGCUCCAGCCUCAGUGCUGGAGAAACUUCAUUAAAACUCACCCUUAUAACUCUGUACUUCAGCAGAGUGGAUUUACUGCUCCUUAAUACCCGACUGGUAAAAUUAAUACAUUUAAGGAGCACCGGAUUAUAAAGCUCACUGAUGAUUUUUGGGAAAUUUAAAGAAGUUUUAAAUUUCGCCUUAUAUUUAGAAAAAUAUGGUAAAUAAAACAGAGCUGAAAUACAUUCAGGGUCAAAAAAAUAGUUUCAAAUA